AUGUUUCAACGUCGACACACCUGGGAACUUGUGGACCCGGGUCGAUUUGACCGACCCGUGUUGGAGUCGCGACAAAACUUUACUCUUCGGAACGAGUUUUUUACAAAUGAUACAGCCUAUGGCAUUAAUGCACGCCGUCUUUCGGAGGUGCUUCCUGGGCUGGGAGUUAUUUACUGCGAUGUUGCAGUGGAUCGCGCGGACGUAGCGAAGAAGGAUCUCCAUGAACAACUUCAGAGCAUCGUUGGAACGAUUGAUGUGGCCCGUGGCACGGAAGAUAUUCCAUCCAUGUACGAGCCGCGACUGGAUAUCCCCAUUGGAUUUGAGCUUCUCUGCUACGUUGGGAUGGAGCGAAGCAAACCACUUAUGUUUGUCUCUGAUAUUCGCUCUGGGAGUGUCAGUCUCCCAAACUUUGAGGAUCACGUGGCUGAGAAUAUGCGGGCACAAGAGUGCUGGUGUCAGAUUCUUCAGGGCGAGUACAGCAUGCUGAAGUUUCGGCUACCGUACACACACAAAAAAAUUGGGUUUGGUGACAAGGGGCGCAGCGUUAAGUCCAGUUUAAUUGGAUCAGAUGGCACGGUGAAGUACCUUCGUGGGGACAUUCUUCUCCCCAUGUGGACCCGCCCGACGAGUACCGAAGGACGUUUGGUGGUCCCACAAGGAGCACAUCAGGUGCCGUACAACGUCACUCACGUGGAGAAUCAAUUUUUUUUCUUUAAUGCACGUGUGCGGGAGGUGGUGCAUUUUAAUCACAUGCUUUUGCCGGAUGAGGACCUUGACCAUCACUACGAUGCGGCGGCGGAAGUCAACUGCAUCCUUGCAUAUCUGAAGUUUUUGCAUCCAGAAAUGAGGGAGGCUUCCGUAGCCGUGCUGCGUCGCGAGGUCAAACACAUCUCAGCAUCUAUCACAGCACACCUGCGCGUUAAUUUCCAGGACGUGAUUCGUCGCCGAGAGUAUCUCGUGUUGAAACAGGCGCGUAGUGGGCAAACCGAGGAGGAGGGCGAUGAAAGCGAUGAUGAAGCGGUGGAUGCUGGUCGCCUGCACAAUGCUGAGGCCCAGCCUCGCUCUUCAUGGGAAGCGGUUGCAAAGAAAAUAAUACAGGCAGCCACAAGGGAGCGAACGCGUGUGGUGUGGACGCGAAACGUAGAAGAGACAGAGGCGGAUGUUCGUAGUAAUGUCUGGGUGACAACAACCAUGCGGCAGUAA